AUGUUUGAAGUAAUGUCUGGACGAUAUACUUUUCCAAAGUAUAAUUUGGUGUUAUUCUUCUUCCUUCAGCUAGGUCUGCAGUCAGUGAAAGGAGUAUGGCCGUUACCACAGUCUUUCACCAUCUCGUCGGAGCGAUACCCUCUGAAUCCUCAGGCUUUCUACUUCGCUUACGGAAAACAAUCAGCCGCACAGGAAGGCUGCUCUGUCCUGGAUGAAGCGUUUAAGAGAUACUUUUCUCUUAUUUUUCCAGACUACAUAUCUGCUUAUAGCAUUCUGCAAUUCAGUGAGGAUCAGCCAUUUACUGUCCAAGUAAGUGUUGGCCUUGAUGAUUGUGACGGCUACCCAGAUGAAAACUCUUCUGAGCAAUACACUCUGAGGGUCUCUGCUGGACAAGCAUCUCUGAAGGCAGAAACUGUGUGGGGUGCUCUAAGAGGUCUGGAGACCUUCAGUCAGUUGGUUUACCAAGAGGAUUUUGGCUCAUAUUUUGUCAAUAAGACUGAGAUUGAAGACUUCCCCCGGUUUCAGUUCAGGGGGAUUUUGUUGGACACUUCUCGUCAUUAUUUACCAGUGCAGGCCAUUUUAAAAACCCUGGAUGCAAUGGCCUUCAGUAAAUUCAAUGUGUUUCAUUGGCACAUUGUUGAUGACCCCUCCUUCCCUUAUCAGAGUCGCACCUUUCCAGACCUUUCUGCUAAGGGGGCUUUCCAUCCAAUGACUCACAUCUACACACAGUCAGAUGUGAGAAGGGUGAUCUCAUAUGCCAGGAUGCGGGGAAUAAGAGUCCUUCCUGAGUUUGAUUCACCAGGCCACACUCAGUCUUGGGGAAAAGGGCAGUCCGACCUCUUGACUCCCUGUUACAGAGGGAGCACCCCUUCUGGUACUUUUGGUCCUGUUAAUCCAGCAUUGCCUUCCACCUACAAGUUCAUGGCAACACUAUUUAAGGAAGUAUCUUCAGUGUUUCCUGAUUCCUAUAUCCACUUAGGAGGAGAUGAGGUUAACUUUUCCUGCUGGAAAUCCAACCCUGAUGUCCGAGCAUUCAUGCAAAAGAUGGGAUUUGGAACUGACUUCACCAAACUGGAAGCUUACUACAUGGAGAACAUUGUGAAUAUCACUACAGCUUUCAACAAAACAUCUAUUGUGUGGCAGGAUGUGUUUGACUAUCAUGAACGAAUUCCUAAGGACACAGUGCUGCACAUCUGGAAGGGCGACCCAGCUUCUUAUGAGGCAGAACUCAGCAGGAUCACCAAAGCUGGCUACAGGGUCCUGCUGGCUGCCCCCUGGUACAUCAACCACAUUUCCUAUGGCCAGGACUGGCGCAACUACUACACCAUACAGCCACUGAACUUUUCUGGUACCGAGGAACAGAAGAAGCUGGUGAUAGGAGGUGAAGUCUGCAUGUGGGGGGAAUAUGUUGAUGCAACUAAUCUCACCCCACGUCUUUGGCCAAGGGCAAGUGCUGCUGCAGAGAGACUGUGGAGCGAUGAGAAGCAGACCUCUAACGUGGACAAAGCGUUUCCUCGAUUGCAGGACUUUCGCUGCAAGCUCCUGAGGCGGGGCAUCCAGGCAGAGCCUCUCUUUGUCGGACACUGCAAACAUGAGUACCAAGGUGUUUGAAAAUACUGGAUGGAGUGACAUUUCAGUGCAUUCUUUUAAAAAAUGAAUUCUGAAGUUAAUUUUUUGGGGGAAAAGGGUACCGUAUGCAACCUCUGAAGAAGUGUAAAUUAUUCUUCUUCAAAAAAAAUGUUUCUCUGCUUUUCAGUCCAAUUUACACAUACUCUCAGGGAUUUUCUGUUUUGUUUUUGCAAGUGCUUUUUUAAAAUUUUACAUUUUUAUCAAGUAGUCAUCGUAUAGGAAUGUAAUGAAUGUGACAUUUUACUUAUAUGACUACAAAAUAUACAAAGCAGCUGGGUUUUGCUUUAGUAUGUACAUGCCAGUAUGCUGUAGCUUCCUCUUUUUCCACUCAAAUGCAAUAAAAUCCUGU